AUGGCGCCUCCUCAUUAUUUCGCUCCUGAAGCGUUCACAGCUCAGAUCGAGCGGCUGGGCAGACUGCCCGAGUUUUUCCAAACCCUCCCCCUCCGCCGCCGUCUUGCAUUGACGGUUCCUCUUCCUCUCCCUCUCCCUCCUCGAGCCAGACAAGGGCUCGACGACGACAACAUGUCGACCUCCUCCUCCAUCCCUUCUCCUCCUACCAGCACGCCAGUGCUGCUGGCGGAGGCGCUGGCGCGGGCGCAGGCGCAGCUGCCACCACCACCACCACAGCAGCCACUGACGGCACCACCACCGGCGUCAUGGCCACCAGGGCUCGCUCGUACUUACGAGCAAGAUCCGAACGCCUACGGGCGACAGACGCCGGUGGUGUUUCACGUGGAGAACGUGUUGAGGCACCUGGUGUCUCUGUACUUCGAUCGGCAGCGGGGGGUCAUGACGAUCGAAUUUUACGCCGCCGUGGCCCCGGGACAGCCGGACCCGGCAACCAGCGGUAUCAUCCGCAUGAUCGAUCUCUGGCCGCCCGCUGCUGGCGUUGGCCCUGUGCGUCACAUUGACGCGAUAAUCCCUGACACAUUCAAGCAGAAGACGUACCCAAAGGACGGCAACGUCCGGGCUACGCUACGGGUGUUCAAGCAGGCGAAUGGGGCUCCUGUCACCGGAGUCAACGACGUCCUUCCGCAGAUGAAGGUCGAAGUCAGCAUGCUCAACGGCGCCAGGGACAAGGCCAUCCGCGAUCGUGAGCAGAAGGUCGCCGACCGGUUGGUCACAGCGAGGGCACAGGCCCAGCCUGGUCUUGCUGUUGCCCUUCCGGCUCCGGUUCCGCCGGCGAUGCCAGUGGCCUCGCUAUAUGCGAGGAGGUUAGAUGUGGAUGACCUGAGCUCACGCCUGCAGCGUGUGAUUGCCGAUGGCGCGACCGCUGCAGCAGGCCCUGCCCCGGCGCCAGCCCCAGGUCCGAUGACUGGGGACAAGAGAAAGCGAGCUGACUGA